CAAUGAAGGCCCUGCAGAUAGUUAUAUUCACUUACACCUUAGUAGUUACCGGUUUCUUUAUUGUUUACUCGUUUUACGAUUAUGAUCUGAACACGACCAUUAAGCAAAAGCGGCCUACCAAUGUUGAGACAUACAUCGAACUGGCAAAAACAUAUCCAAAGUACUAUGAAAGCAAUCUGCAUGUAGAAUGGCCAUUCAAUAUUACGAGACAGUAUAAUGAGUCGGACGUUCGUGAAUGGAGUGAACCGAUUAAUUCACAAAGUAAAUUUUCCAGCGGAAUUGGUGAGGGUGGAUCUGCUUUUGUUCCACCUGACAACAUGAAAGAGUUGGAGGAAAAAUUACGUAAAGAAAACAACUAUAAUCUACUGGCAUCUGAAAUGAUGUCGUUGCAUCGAUCAUUGCCCGAUCCAAGGUACAACGAGUGCAAGAAUUUAUCAUACCCCAAAAAAUUGCCGACAACAAGUGUGAUCAUUAUUUUCCAUAAUGAAGCGUGGACCACCCUGUUGCGCACAGUUUGGAGUGUAAUUGAUCGAUCACCGGUCGAACUGAUCGAGGAAAUUAUUCUAGUUGAUGAUUUGAGCACUUGGUCUUUUUUGAAGCGGCCAUUAGACGAUUACAUCGAAACGAUUCCCGUUCGCAUUAAAUUGAUCAGGAAUGCGAAACGGGAAGGUUUAAUCCGGGCCCGAUUGAUUGGCGCCCAACAUGCUGAGGGACAGGUCCUCACAUUUUUGGACGCUCAUAUUGAAUGCUGCAUGGGCUGGCUCCAGCCAUUACUGGCACGCAUUGCAAAUGAUCGUUCUGUUGUCGCAGUACCACUAAUAGACCCAAUUUCAUCUGCUGACAUGAGUUACACUUACAACCGUGCGACCACUUACAUCAAUGGAUUUCGAAUGUCGUUGAUAUUUAACUGGAGGCCCAUUCCGGAGAGAGAACUCAUCCGAACCCAUAAGGAUAAAACAGCACCAGUUCGAACGCCAACAAUGAUCGGUUGUGCUUUUUCGAUUGAUAAAGAUUUCUUCUUUGAAAUUGGUUCAUAUGACGAAGGUAUGAAUAUAUGGGGUGCUGAAAACAUGGAAAUGUCACUGAGGGUAUGGCAAUGUGGUGGUUCAAUGCAAAUUCUUCCAUGCUCUCAUGUCGCACAUUUAUAUCGAAUAUCGACCUACUCUUAUGAUGGGAAUGCCGAGGCCAUAAAAUUGGGAAAUGGUUUACGAUUGAUAGACGUCUGGAUGCCGGAGUUCAGGGACAUCCUUUAUGCAGUCAAUCCGAGAAAUAGAAACCAUUCAGGCGGUAAUAUAACAGAGCGAGUAGCACUCAAGCAACGACUGAAGUGUAAAGACUUCCGUUGGUAUUUGAAACAUGUCUAUCCGGAAAGCUGUUUGAAUAAUGAAUUUAUUCAUUUUGGCGAGAUUAAAAGUCCGGCGAAAAAACGCUGCUUAGAUAUCUGUGGUGGAAAUGUCGGUGAUCCAGUAAAACUUGUAUCCUGCCACAAUCAAGGUGGAAAUCAAGUUUUAGGUUUAACAAAAGCACAGAAAAUUGUUACAACUGAAGAUCGGUGCUUAGGCGUAGAUAAGAGAUCUGUAAUUUCAGUAACGUGCAUACAAGCACCGCGAUGGAAUUAUGAUAACAAGACAAAUUGGCUAGUACACGUCGAUAGUAAACUUUGCAUGCAGGCCAAAAAGAGAAAAGUUGAAUUAGGAAAGUGUGAUCCGGAUAAUGACACAUUUAAUUGGAAUCUAAUAUCUGCACUUUAACGGACAUCUUUUAUCAUGUUAAAAUCAACGAAUCUCAGAC